CCGAGCGGCAGCAGUGUGCGCGCACGGCACGCGUCGCAGCUCGCUGGAGAAAAAACCCCGGCACGAGCUCUGCGCCUCCGGAUACCACAUUUCUCUCGUCACAUCUCGUUCUUUUUCACCCUGGACAAACGAGAUCGCUUUCACCAAACUAACCGGUGGUCAGCUGGGAAGGACACCGUCGCCAAGAGUCCGUGGUUAUACAAUCACCUACCAGUCUUACUUCUCUUUCUCUCUCUCUCCUUCUCUCUCUCUUUCUCUCUCUCUGUCAUAAAGUCUCAGGCAAUCUCUAAACGCCGAGACGUUUAAACACGUUUUCUUCCUGAUUCUUCACCUUUCAUGUUGGAAUGAACUCGGCAAGAAGCUCGUCUUAUGGUUUGGAUGGGUGAUUUUUCGUCUCUCGUUGCGGUGAUGCGCUACAGCUCUGACACCGAGUCUUACAGCAACUGAGCCGCGGGUGGCGGACCGCUUUGGGGCAGAAAGCUGACGGCCUGAGGAGGGGAAGAUGACAGCUUUAAUCCCGGCGCUGCUUCUUUUCGCCUGCGUCUCCAUGACGUUGACUCUGAAGGUGGUGUCGAAGAGAGGCUCAGUGGAUGGCUGUACGGACUGGUCAGUGGACUAUCUGAAGUACCGUGUGCUGCACGGAGAACCUGUGCGGAUCAAGUGCGCUCUGUUUUACGGCUACAUCCGGGCGAACUACUCACAAGCCCAGAGCUCAGGUCUCAGUCUGAUGUGGUACCGCAGCUCGGGGCUCGGUCACGGUGACUUCGAGGAGCCCAUCUCAUUCAACGGCCUGCGCAUGAGCAAAGAGGAGGACGCCAUCUGGUUCAGACCUGCUGAACUGCAGGAUGCCGGCCUCUACUCCUGCGUGCUGAGGAACUCGACGUUCUGCAUGAAGGUGUCCAUGACUCUGCUGGUGGCUGAUAAUGACACAGCGGUCUGUUAUAACUCCAAACUGCGCUACACAGAGAAGGCCGAGCUGGGCAAGAGCAAGGACAUUUCCUGCCCUGAUAUCCAGGACUUCAUCCAGCCUGGCCAGGAGCCACAGAUAACGUGGUAUAAGGAGUGCAGUGAGUGGCAGUGGAGGCCGAGUAUACUGCAGUCUGGAGACACUCUCUCCAUCCAGGAGGUGACGGAGGAUGACAUUGGGAACUAUACCUGCGAGCUGCCCUUCGCCGGUUUCGUCGUGCGCCGAACAACUUACCUGAGUGUGACAGCUCCUCUGACUGAAGAACCUCCGAAGAUCCUUUUCCCAUCUGAAAACAAACUCCUCACCAUAGACAUGCAGAUAGGAGCUUCGGUCAAUUUGACGUGCCGCGCAUUCUUCGGCUACAGCGGUGAUGUCAGCCCACUCGUGUACUGGAUGAAAGGAGAGAAGUUCAUCGAGGACAUGGACCAGAGCCGCAUCCGGGAGAGCGAUAUCAGGACCAUCAGAGAACACCUGGGAGAACAGGAAAUGUCCAUCACUUUGACAAUAGAUUCGUUAGAAGAGGGAGAUCUGGGCAAUUACUCUUGUUACGCCGAGAACGGGAACGGAAGACGCCAAGCCAGCAUACAGAUCAGCAAACGAGUCGAGCUGAUGUAUACGAUGGAGUUGGCUGGAGGAUUAGGAGCCAUUUUGCUGCUGCUUGUUCUGCUGCUCUCUGUGUAUAAAUGCUACAGGAUCGAGUUGCUGCUCUGCUACAGACAUCACUUCGGAGGGGAGGACUCAGAUGGAGGUCAUAAGGAGUAUGAUGCGUACCUGUCGUACAGUAAAGUGGAGAUGGAUCAGUGGGGGCAGGAGCUUCAGGAUGAGGAGCGAUUCGCUCUGGAAAUCCUUCCUGACGUUCUGGAGAAACACUACGGCUACAAACUCUUCAUCCCAGACAGAGAUCUCAUCCCCACUAGCAGUCUCAGCAGUGAACAUUACCAGGAUGAGACACAGCUUGUUAGAGCAUAUAUUGAAGAUGUGGCUCGCUGUGUGGAGAUGAGCAAACGUCUGAUUAUUGUGUUGACCCCUGGCUACGUGCUACGUCGCGGUUGGAGCAUAUUUGAGAUGGAGUCACGCCUUCGCAGCUCUCUAGUGUCAGGUGAGAUCAAGGUGAUUCUGAUCGAAUGCGCCGAGCUACGUGGCGUCAUCAACUACCAAGAAGUAGAGGAGCUGAAGCAGUCUAUCAAGUCCCUGACAGUGGUGCGCUGGAGUGGCCCACGAAGCAACAAACCCGGCUCACGGUUCUGGAAGCAGCUGCGUUAUGCUAUGCCGUGCCGCCGGCCACAGCCCAGUCUCAGGACCCCCGCCGUAGAUGCAGGAGAGCCGAACCCCUUCGCUCACCUCCACACCGUUUCAGCAAUCUCAGUGGCCACGGCAGCAUCGACAGCAGCAGCUCCAGCCCGUCCAGAGCUCCGGGCCGCACUGCGCAGCUCGUACCGAGCGCACUCACUGGCAAGGCAGAAACACGCGCACUUCCGCAGCUAUGAUUACGAGCUGCCACUGGCAGCAGGAGCCACUCUGCCAGCACAACCCACCUACUGCAACCUGCCGCUUACGCUGCUUAAUGGCCAGUGGCCCACCGCUAAGCGCCAACACAGCCUGGAUGAGCCGCACGCCAACAAUAACGCCAUGCUGCCGCUGCUGCCCCGUGAAACCAGCAUCUCCAGUGUCAUCUGGUGAUGGAGAGGCAGCAAGGAUUAUAUGACUCCUGUAGAUGGGCUAGGCUGGGACAAAAACCUCUUAUACUCCUAGAGAUGUAGGGAAGUCUGGCCAAACAUAGAUUAUAUAUAUAAAUAUACAUACGGAACAGCCUUUGCUCUGAUCAAGCACCAUGGUCUUUAUGUGUCCAGUUUUUGGUUUACUGGAUUUGCUGAUCUCAUACUUCGGCUACUCUGGAAGUAAAGCGCCGCAGUAAGGGAUUAAUUAAAUAGUGCCAUAUCAACUUAGUGGGAAAUCUACGAGUGAACUGAGACACGGAGCCACACCACACGAACGGAAACAGGGUCCUGCACAGACGUCUGCAGUUUACGCAUAGCAUCACCAUCUCCCGAUCUCUGUACACUUUGUGUCAUCACACUGCCUUUCUUUUUUUUUUUUUUCUUUUUGUUUUUUUUUUCUUUUCCAAAAGAUAUAUCAAUACUUUCACUUUGUUUAGCUGAUGAUCUUUUUACUGUACUACUAGACUUGCAGUUGAUUUUACUUACUUUCAGUUUGAAUGAGUGUGAGCCAUUUUGAAAUUAGGGCUUGGCUAUAAAUGAAAUGUUUACCCUUUUGUUUUCACCGAGCGUUUGCUCUACAUGUUGACCCAAGUGUCCAGUUUCUGUUAGCUUCUGUAUGAUGUGUAUUUAUGAUUUUAAUUGGACAAUUUGUAAGAAGAAAAAAAUCACAGAGAAUUAUGCAAGGAGUGGAGCCCAUCCUCAAAUAAUAAAGGGUAUUUUAAGAAACAAGAAAUCUAUUUUUAUAAAUGGAAAGCUGUUUCUCUAUAUAUAACAGCGUCACCAGGACAACGGGGACAAAGACUUGUGCAUUCGGGGUAUUUUAUAAAUUUUGCUACAUCUUUUGUUUGUACAACCUACAAUAAAAUAACUUGAUGUCCUCAAAUUAAUUUAGGAAACAAUAGUAUACUGCAUUUCCUAUAGUUGGGUAAAACCUAAUGAAAUAAAAGUUUGAUUGUUUUUGUUUUUUUUUCUUUUUUGAAUA